CUUCGUUGCCCUGUACACACAUCAUACAGAGUAUCGUUCUUGUUAAGUAUUAUAUUACUUUUGGCAGCGACUCAACCGCCAAAUAUGAGAGGGCGAGUUACGAUUGUCACAUUCUUUAUAGCGCUGCCCUGCAUCCGAUGCGGCGCGCCUGACGGUUACGUCAUAGACAAUACAACGGACAUCGGGUAUCGAAUAUUUUACAAGUCCCAGACUUGGCCGGUUGCCAGAGACAAAUGUGAAGAUUAUGGUGCUAAGUUAGCAGUUCCGAAUACUUUAGAAGAGUUUUUAUUUAUGCAAAAGCUGGUCCGAGGAAUGCACUAUCCCAGUAUCGUUGACAGUGACUACCAGGUGAUCGUGUGGCUUGGCAUCAACAACCUUGACGAUUACAGAGUCUGGAAGAAUAUUGACGGUGAAAAUAUAAACGAAACAGGAUUCCACACGUGGGCCACCGGCAACGGACUCGGUUACAGCGACGCGCCUGAAGAACCUCACUGCGCGGGAUUAGACGCCGUGCACUGGCUCCGCGAUUUUUGGUGCCACCGUCGACAGCCUUACCUUUGUCAAAUUAAUUUAAAAAAUUAAAUAUUAAAACAUUA